AGUACUGUGUAGUGGCACGCAAUCAUUAGAGAACUUUACUCGUUACUGAACAUGACAACGGACAAAAGCGAUGCGUGUACCCACACGCUCCAUUUCAAAAUCCUCUACUUUGGAUUGAUACUAUUAACUGCUUUCUCAGUAACCUGUUUUGCGGUCACCUACGUCUUUAUGACGCAGCUGAGAACCGAGUUGGGCCAGAAAUGCUCAUGUCCGGACGGUGAGACGCUGUUUAACAUCACUGUGCGGCCGCGGAAGGGCUCCAAGAGUCACUCGGCGCGGGGCCCUGCGCAUCCUGAGCGGGAUGGAGCCCCGGUGGUGGAGCAUCAACAUCAUCGUCAUCAUCACAACAAAAGCCAAGUACGGGCCGAGUUGGAGCUGACGGCACCGGUCGAACCAGAGGCAGGUGACCAACGGGGGCAGAACAGGGUGCGAAGAUUCACCUUUCAGAACGAGGGUACCAGCACUAUCUUGGUCUCGUCCAUUGAGGCCUGCGCAAGACUACCUAUUACCAUUUCGAUGGAUACAAUAAGAGCCUUCUGUAAUGAAACAAUAACCAAGUGCCCACCAGGACCCCAGGGUCCAGCAGGCAAACCAGGCAGUCAAGGACCAAAAGGUUCACCAGGUAAGCAGGGUGAAGAGGGCCCGAUGGGUUACCCGGGAAGACGCGGGGAGGACGGGAGGACUGGGCCACCAGGACAAAAGGGUGACAGCGGUGAUAAUGGAGCCAAAGGUGAAACCGGUGACAGAGGAUCCCCUGGACUGUCUGGCCAAAGGGGCGAAUCGGGACCACAGGGGCCCCCAGGGGCGAGAGGUGACCGAGGGGACACUGGACCUAUGGGUCCGCCUAGUGAACCGGGACAAAAGGGCGAGGCUGGAGACCCAGGACCUGCAGGCACCCAAGGGGUUAAAGGUUGCAAUGGGGAGAGAGGACUGCCAGGUCCCAAUGGUGCACCAGGCCCGAGGGGUGAAGUGGGAGCAGUUGGACCUCAAGGGUCCAAGGGUGAUCUGGGGCCAACUGGGGUAAAAGGUCAACCGGGAGCCGAUGGUCAGCGUGGUGAGCCGGGGCAAAAAGGUGAAAUAGGUGGCAUUGGACGUCAAGGGUCCAGGGGGAAUCCAGGCCCAUCUGGAGUAACAGGACCACCAGGAACUAAAGGUCAGCGUGGUGAGUCUGGCCCACCGGGUGUAAUGGGAGACGUUGGACCGCAAGGACUGAAGGGGGGUCGCGGGCCAUCUGGAGUUACGGGACCACCAGGUCUGCAUGGUGAGCCAGGUCAAAAGGGUGAAUCAGGAAUUGUUGGACCCCAAGGGCCGAAGGGUAACACGGGUCCACAAGGACAGCAUGGCUCGAACGGUAUAUCGGGGGCAAAAGGUGAAAAAGGUACCAUAGGUAAUCAAGGACUGCGGGGGCCCAAGGGUCUCAAAGGGAACACUGGACCAGAGGGCGCUAGAGGUGACAAAGGUGAAAGAGGUACCAUAGGUAAUAAAGGACUGCGGGGGCCCAAGGGUCUCAUAGGGAACACUGGACCAGAGGGCGCUAGAGGUGACAAAGGUGAAAGAGGUACUAUAGGUAAUCAAGGACUGCGGGGGCCCAAGGGUCUCAGAGGGAACACUGGACCAGAGGGCGCUAGAGGUGACAAAGGUGAAAGAGGUACUAUAGGUAAUAAAGGACUGCGGGGGCCCAAGGGUCUCAGAGGGAACACUGGACCAGAGGGCGCUAGAGGUGACAAAGGUGAAAGAGGACAAGAGGGGCCAAGAGGUCUAGAAGGGUCUGCUGGACCAAAAGGUGAGAGGGGGAACCCAGGAGAAGAGGGUGAUCCCGGACCCAUUGGGCAGCCUGGAGUGAAGGGAGAGAUGGGACACGUCACUAUUCACACAAAGGGAGACGGACCCAAGGUGUUAGUUGGGCCACCUGGGGCUAAGGGGGAUAAAGGUGAUUCAGGAGAGUCCGGGGACGUGGGCCCACCGGGCCCACUAGGCCCUCCCGGCACGAAAGGCACUCCAGGUAUCAAGGGCCUGCCAGGAUCCUUUGGACGCCCCGGCGAGCCUGGGGAGAAGGGAGCCCUCGGCCUUGUGGGACCCAAGGGGGCCACUGGGCACCCUGGGCUCCGUGGUCAAUCUGGCAUUGAUGGGUUACCCGGUGAGGACGGGGCAAAAGGGGAUAAGGGCGACAGAGGGUCAGAUGGGUUACUGGGUCCUUCAGGGGCACCAGGUUUACCCGGACCCGAUGGAGCUCGAGGACCCCCAGGACAAAAAGGAGCCAGAGGAACCCAAGGAAACGAGGGGCAGUCAGGACCAAAGGGUAACCAAGGUGACAUUGGAACCAAAGGUGAAAGUGGUAACACUGGACCCUCUGGCAAUCAAGGACCAUCUGGUUUACCGGGAAGACCAGGACUCAAAGGUCAGCGCGGUGAACCAGGACAAAAGGGUGAACUUGGAGGUGUUGGGCCCAAAGGUGAUCCUGGACCACUUGGAGUUAGAGGACCACCGGGGUCUGAUGGUCGGCAUGGUGAAACGGGAGAAAAGGGUGAACUGGGAGGUGUUGGGCCCAAAGGUGAUAUGGGACCACCUGGAGUUACAGGACCACCAGGGUUGGAUGGUCAGCGUGGUGAACCAGGAGAAAAAGGUGAAGUGGGGAGGUCAGGAGCCAUGGGUCUCCAGGGUUUGGCUGGCCCAUCUGGGUCUGUGGGGCCUCAGGGUCCUUCAGGACCCCAAGGACUCAAGGGCGAUCCCGGUGGAACUGGACCUCAAGGAGAGCCAGGCCGACUUGGGAAGCAAGGACAGAAGGGAGAUAAGGGUUGCCUGGGCCCAGAAGGGCUAUCCGGCCCACAAGGACAACCGGGCCUGAUUGGAAUGCCAGGGCUGAAAGGUCAAAAAGGCGACUUGGGAGAAAGAGGCCUGCAGGGCCCUCGAGGUUCCAAAGGCAUUAUGGGGACCAGAGGUAGCAAGGGUGAUCCGGGCCAAGAGGGAAUCAUGGGGCCUGGAGGAACUCCUGGACGAAAGGGUGAGAAGGGUAACCCAGGAGAAGAAGGUGAUACUGGACCCAUUGGACCGCCUGGAGCGAGGGGAGCGAUGGGAGAUGCAUGCAAUUUUGACGCUAUUCUGGAUAAUUUAAGGGAGUUAGACAAUGAAAGUCUAAAGCUGAUCAUGGGUCCCAAGGGCAAACAAGGGGGAAAAGGCCCAAAAGGGAAUAAAGGCGACACUGGAAGGCCCGGGGAUAUGGGCCCCCAAGGCCCCACUGGCCAACCUGGUACCAAAGGCACCCAGGGUAUCAAGGGCCGUUCUGGGGAGAAGGGAGCCCUCGGCCCUGUGGGACCCCCUGGGCCUACUGGGUACCCUGGACUACGUGGACAACCUGGCAUCGAUGGGCUACCAGGCACGGACGGAGCGAAGGGUGACAAAGGUGACAGAGGGACAGACGGGUUACUGGGUCCCACAGGGGCACCUGGGUUACACGGAAUCAAUGGAACGCAUGGAUCUCCAGGACAAAAAGGGGACAAAGGAGACAAAGGACAAUUUGGUCCCGAAGGACAGCCUGGACAGAAAGGAGAGAAAGGGGAAGAGGGUGGCCGAGCAGUCACAACUGGUAUUACGGGUCUUGUCAGUACCGUUGACAAUGGAAAGUCAGGUUUUCAAAUGACUACAGAUAGUUCCACUUCCAUUCCAAAGCCCGAGACAUCGCCAUCCCUUGAUACAGACAGCACUCCCAACCCAGCUCCCCAGGUGACUACAGCCGGCCUUGCUCCCACUACAGAGCCUACACUAUCACCAUCACCAGACUUACUGAGCACUCCAAACCCAGCUCUUCGCAUCACAACUCCAACAACAGUGACCAAGACAACGUUGUUGCCUGACUUCGAGGCUACUACAACUUCAGCUCUUCGCAUCACAACUCCAACAACAGUGACCAAGACAACGUUGUUGCCUGACUUCGAGGCUACUACAACUUCAGCUCUUCAGAGUACUAUAGAUGAUUCCACACCCAUUGCCACAUUAUCAUCAACACCUGACACGACAGCGAGUACUCCAAAGUCAGAGUGUGUUCUGGAAAAGAUCAGUGCGCCCGAGGACCACAAGUAUGGAAGUACCUACUGGGGUUCUUGGAUGCAGGACACCGCCCCAAAUCCGUCCCAACCAGACAAGAUAUGGGUGACCAAGCAUUUGUAUGGAGUUACCAUUUUCGAAUACCAAAAUAUGGAAGCUCUAAAGUUGGACACGUACACUAGGUACCACACCCUCUCAUAUACCUGGGCUGGCACGGGCCAUGUGGUCUACAACAAUUCCCUAUACUUUCACCGUAGCUACUUGCCCGAGAUUGUGCGAUACGACCUGAGCUCGGAGACCGUCACAGCCAAAGUAAGCAUUCCGUUUGCCCGGCACCGAAGAGUGCGUGGGCAGGGGUACCUGUACAGUUCUAAUUACACUUAUUUUGACCUUGCCGUCGAUGACAACGGACUGUGGGUAAUUUACAAGACCACAGAGCUCAACCAGAACCUUGUGGUGUCCAGACUAGAUCCAGAGGACCUCUCCAUCAAGACGACAAUUGUGUCCAAUCACCCCCCGCGCUGGGCAGGCGAAGCCUUCAUCAUCUGCGGCCGGCUGUAUACAACCAAGAGUUCUGAGCAAUUCAACUCUACUGUGGACUUUGGAGUGAACCUAUUCACAGGAGAGGAACUGGCUGACGUGGAUAUUCCCUAUCGGAUCGGCCACUUAAAAAUGACCAUGAUGUCCUACAACCCAAGAAAUCAACUGAUUUAUGGCUGGGACAAGGGGUACAUGGUGACAUAUAAUGUCACCUUGACUAAACUCUAAUCAACACAAAAAGAGGAAAGAUUAUUUGUAUGACAAUUUCACAAAACAAAAUAUAAUCUUAAAGUAGAUGGCUUGAAUUUAUCAACUGAAAAGUUUAAAAAUGUUCAACUGUGCCAGGCGCAGAUCCGAGGGGGAGUUCGGGGUUCGACCCCCACCAGCAAAAAAGGAUAAAAUGGGGGAAAAAUUUAAGUAAGUGCAACAAUACCACUGUAAACAAUAUAUUUCACGUAUGUUUCAUCCUUUUUUUCCGUUUGUCUGCAAAUUCAGACAAAAAAUCUCCACCUGGGCUGCCUUCAGGAGAAUGAAUGCUGAUAAUGCCCCCUCGGCUUCGGCUCAUCACCAGCAUUAUCAGCAUCUAUUUAUAAAACAUUUUAAUUAGAAGCGAGGGCCUUUCAAAUUAAAAGACUAUCCAGUUCACCUUUUGUAGGCCUCUCCUGGGAUAUCCUGGAUUUACUUGACUAGGUUUCCCUCAAUCUGCCAUCCCCCCCUUCUCGGUUGUUUAUGAACUGUAAUGACACUCAAAAGUCUGGAAGAGAAACCAAUCUAUGGCCGUGUCCAAAACGGACUUCUACAGCUGCGUCGCGUCGAGCAUUUGGUUCACACGCACUAGGAAAAUAUUGAGUAGGUUAUUCUGGCACGCAAUCCUUAGGGGACAUUAGUCUUUCCGGUACUUCGCAAAACCCACACACUUCACUUCAAAAUGCUCUGUUUUGAAUUGAUGUUAUGAAACGCUGUCUCAAACUCGCUCUGUGGUCACUUACAAUCUGACGCAGUCAAGAACCAGUGGGCUGGGCCAAAAAUGCUUGUGUCUGGAUGGUGAAACACUCGCAUAGCUGCAACGGUGGAUCCAGAAAAAAAUGGGGGGGGGGGGCAUAUUUGGUUUGUUGGGGGAGGGGAAAUUUUUCAUGUAACCUUUUAUCGCCUUUAUCGGGGGUAAGGCUACAUUCUAGGGCUUUUAACACGCUUUUGGAGGAAGAGAAACGAAACGAUACAAAAACACCUUAAAUCAUUAAAAGAAAUUUAAUGGGGGAUAGCCCCGUUGCCUCCCCUUCAUUCGCCCUUGCCAUGCAGUCGUGGAAGGGCUCCAAUGGUUUAAUUAAUACGACGAUUCAAGCUACAUUUCAUAUGAAAGGAUAGUAUCAACCAUGCACGCAGGCGCAGUAAACUUUUGUCUAGCCUCCCCACCCCCGCUGGAAAAUAUUGAAUUCGCAAUUCUGCAUUUAAUUUUUUUAAUUAAAUAAAAUAGUCCAUGAUCAUUUUGAAGGGGCAUUGUGCGCAACAUGCAUUAAACUCUGCUAGACAUUCUCCCUAAGUGAAAGAGCAGUAGCGAAAGUUGAAAGGUGACGUGUGAAGGAUCUAGCCCCCCCCCCAAAAAAGUGGCUCCAGAACCACGCCUACUAGCGACGCUCAUGGUUUCAUAUAAAGCAAGAUAUGAGACGGAGAGAAUCCCCCCGUGCUUUGUGUUGGUCAUUGUUUCAUUGUAAUCUGAGAAAAUUCUUUUCAGACAUCUGGGGAGGAUGUGUUUGGUAACAAUAGUUUAGACUGUGUAUAGCAAUUGGACGUGGGGGUACCCCUAGGUCUCAUUUCUUGUUGGAUAUGCAUGAUUUUAGCAAAAUUUACUAGCAUUAUUCAAAUCUCUAUGGGGAAGAACUUUGCCACGCCUACUCCUACUUAUUUGCAGCAAAAACCUUUUAUCAGCAAAAACCUUUUAUUUUAGGAAAGUAGAUGUAUAUUAUGACACUUUGAGUUGAAUUAGGUUUUAAUUGUUGACCUCCUGGCCAUUACGCAGUAACUAUAUGUAGCAUGUGGAGCUACAUGUACAUGUAUGUUGCGCCAUAUUGAAUUUGAAGAGGAAGUGCUGGCGUUUAUGUGAACAGUUUGUGUACACCAAGUAAAGUAAACAUGCAGAAAACGUUCUCCUUCCAACGAACAGAUAAAAGAGAGCAAAUUGGGAUAUUGUACGAUAUUUUCUUGCAAGUGGGCGCAAGAAGAAUCCUUUAUAAGGGGACAGUGAGAAAAUUCUCGUUAAUUGUAACAAAGGACAGCUUUUAGAUUUUUUCCAUUUAUGUACAUUUGUAUUUAUGAAUUUCUUUACUUUUUAAAUUUAUGUUUUAAGAUUUAUAUUCCAAUGGUAAAUGAGCAGUUUCUUUGUCGGAUCAAUAUAUAUAUGACACGCGUCAAAAGAGGCAUUAAUAAAAUAGAAAACUGUCACUGACAGAUUGAUACUUUCACUGUCAAAGCAAGCAAAGGUAUACAAUUACAUACAACAUUAAUUUUAAGUUUUUUAAAUAUUUCGUUACCUCGCAAUUUGCCAAAUGCCACAUUCUUCAUGACUAAGCUUAAGGAACAAUGAAAUACUUUACCUCUUAUUACAAUGCGAAGUUUGUUGUAAUGAUGUGGAAUGUUUUCCUCGUCUAUAUCCUGUUUUUCCAUAUGUGGUAUAUUCAGUGUUGUACGGUACCAUGUCCCGGAAGAGUUUUAAAUAGAGCAAAGUUCAAAUUUAAGAACGUAAAGAAAAAAUAAUAGACACACAUGUAAAAACAUUAUUUCCUCUCCCCUCCCUGGGGGCCAAAUAUACCAAGCUAUGCUUUGUUUCAUUAAUGAAGUUGACCGGUUGGCAAAAUUUUAUCUCAUUAACUUAACACUACAUGGCUAAAGGUGCUUUUUGAUCGGAACAGAGGCUAAGCGUGCGUCUUGCAGGGUAGUUAUUUUAUUCCACAGGGAAACCUCCAUUGUGCAGAAAAACUCUGGCCUGUUACAUGGCAGCUAUGCAAACCAUCUAUAGAGCCUAAAAAUAAUUCCUCCAAUGAGGCACUUACAGAACCCUUGAAUAUUGAGAAACUUAAAUUGAAAUAUGUUAGAAUUUGCAGUUAUUUUUUGUUCAUUUAUUUCUUGAAAAUAAAACACACCUGAAAAAGGCUUUCGUAAAA